ACACACACACCUACCAACACAUACAUACACUCACACAUACCGACAGGUUGAGUUUGUUACGAACUGAUACGAAUGAUGUAUGACACUCCGUCCUCCAGGUCUCGUUUUAAAAACUAAAACUAUUACACCAACUAUUGUGAUUAACAACAGCAAAAUGACACGUUUUCUCGUGCUUCAAUCAACAAUGAACUAUUCAGCAGCUUAUACGUUGACACAUUCCAGUUUCGUAAUAUAAUAUUUACACUAUGAUAAGAUUCUUUUCUAAAAAUUUUGUUUAGAUCGUUCACUCCUGCAUAUGUUGGGUCUUUACACUGUGUUCGAUGUGACUUCAGAACAAGAAAGUCGAUGCAGUUUGUGGGUGUUGCUAAAUAAACUAACCAGCAUUGUAUUUUAAAGUACUGUAGUGGUAGUAGUUAUAAUACUUUUAUUGUAGAGCUAAUAAACAGAGAUGCUGCUUAUCCGUAUCAGUGGAGAUUUACAUUUUGGUGAGAGCAGAUGCUUCAUCGUGAUCAGUAUACACAAAGAGUCAAUUUAAAAUGCUAUAAUUUUUUUCUUUAUCGUAUUAUCCGUUGGGAGAAUUACCAUAGAAGACAAAGUGUUCAGCUGAUAUGAAUAAAGCAGGCCAAAGUCGUAGAUUAGUGUAUAGUUAUAAUGAUCAUUCCGAAUAUCACACUUCUGGCAUUCAAAAAUUUUCUUUUGCAUCGCCAGAAGAUAAUAAUAUUGAAUAUUCGAGGAAAGGAGGAUGUUUUGUAUCUAUCUGUCGUGGCAUCAGUAUAGCAGUGGUGAUUUUUAUAUUUAUUUUUUUCAUAUCUUUCACUAUAUUUUUUAGUACCAAGUAUGCAUACGAGUAUAAACCAAAUAUAACGUUGGAAGAUUUUCUUAAUCAUCGUGCCUAUCUGAUAGACAAACGAUCGCGAAUCCCAAAGCAUGUUAUUCCGAAACAUUAUAGGCUUUUUAUUCAACCGAUUUUCAAUGAAACAAGUAAACCCUUCUCGUAUAAUGGAAUUGUUUGGAUUACAGUAACAUCAAAAAAGCAUAAUAAUAAAAGAAUAGAGCUUAACGUUAAAAAUUUGUACAUUAAAUUAGAUGAUGUAACCGUUUUAAAAAGUAUACGAUUAACAAACUUAGAUUUUGACGAGGAUCUAGAUUGGGAUCUAAGCGAAGAGGAUAUAUUACCGCGUAUCAGGAACAAACGAGACACGAUCAACAAUGACAAAAUUGAAAGAAUGAAUAAUUCAAUGGAUUUUUCAACCAUGUCUAGUGAUGGGAAUAACGGUGAUAAAAAUAUAAAUACUUUCACUAAUGAUGGUGCAGGAAGGAGCAAAUAUUUUCAUCCAAUUUUCCCCUCGGAUGACUUUGUCACAAUAAAGAUACUAGAUUUAGAAUUCGACGAAUCAAAUGAAAAAAUGAUUAUCUAUCUUGGGACCGAAAUGAAAAAAGAUAUUUAUUACAUAGUAAAAGUGAAUUUUACAGGCAAUAUGACUAACGAAAAAGGUUUAUAUUAUACUCAUUACAAAGAUGGAAAUGGGAUUCAUAAAUAUUUAGCGGCCACCAUAUUGGAACCUAACAAUGCAAGAAAGUUAUACCCAUGCAUGGAUGAUCAUAAUUUUCGGACAAACUAUAACUAUAGGUCGCCAUUUGAAAUUAAUAUAGCAAGGAAAGUUCAUAUGAAUACUGCAUCUGGCAUGAAUUUAGAAAUGUCGGAGCUAAUGGAAAGAGAUGAGUUUGUGGUUGAUACGUAUAAUACUACAGGAAUGAUUCGAGCAUCCGAGAUAGGUUUCAUUAUAACCGAUAUGUCACCAGAACGGUACGAACUAACACCAGAGAUUUACCUCAUUGCAUACACAAGGAAUAUAUAUCACAACUAUAUGAAAGGCAUAGUUUCUAAAUUCGCAGAAGUUAUAAACAUAUACGAAGGAUAUAUGGGCAUGAAAUUUCCCUAUCGAAUUAUUAAAUAUGUUACAAUUCCUAAUACAGACAACACCGUCAGUGAAAUAAAAGAAGGAAUGAUUUUGUCUAGCGAAAAAAGAUUAAUUACUGAUUUAAAUUACUUUCCCACAACGGAUGGAAUAUUAUUACGAGUUGUUUCUAAUGAAUUGGCAAAACUAUGGAUUCAUACCCUUGCAGACUACAAGAACAAAGAGUUGUACUGGUUACACGAAUCAAUUCCAUUAUAUUUAGAGACAAUCGCCCUAAAAUAUAUAAACAAUACUACUUACUCCGUAGAUGAUUUUUUAUUAGAAGGCAAACUGCGAGCUAUGCAAGAAGAAAUAAAUACAAGAACCACUGCGUUAAAUGUUAUUACAACUCAUUGGCAAGAUGAGGCACAUUUUGAACUAAAUAGAUUUAAAGGUCUCAGUCUUUUGCGUAUGAUGAAUUAUACAUUGGGUGAAACAACUUUUGAUGCAUUUAUAAGAAAUUAUAUCAUUCAAAGAAUGAAUAAUGCAACUGUCGAUAUUAAAGGUAUUCUAAAUAUUAUCAAACGUCAUACGGAUGCAACGUUCAACAAUUUCCUACUCAGUUGGACUACAAUGGAGAAAUACCCAAUUAUUGAAAUAAAACGAAAUAAUAAUAGUGGUUUUAAUUUGCAUCAAAAAAUGAUUCCGUUCGAAGAGGAUAUAGGAGAACAAAUUUGGACAAUUCCAGUAACAUUCACCAACGACAUUAACCAGCAGACAUUUUUUGAGAAGAUACUAUGGUUGAAGGAUUCAAGUGCCUCACUUACCAUCGAAGCAAGUUGUGAAUUGAAUACAAACAGCACAUGGGUGAUUGUGAAUCCAAGUGGAAUCGGGUAUUAUAGAGUAAACUACGAACGAGUUCAUUGGGUGAAAUUGGCUAGAAUUCUAAAUGAUAAUUUCAAAUCAUUUCAUUACGGCACCUUAACCGUUAUAGUUGACGACGCUCUAAAUUUAGCUAGACUUGGUUUAUUAGACUAUUCUAUUGCAUUCAACGUAAUUUCUUUUCUCCGAAAAAAUAAUGAUCUCUAUCAACCUUGGAAGAGUGCAUUAGACAAUCUUAAAUUUUUAUAUAACGCCUUAGAAGAUCAUCCCAACUACGGUCAUCUCGAGAAAUUCUUAGAAUACCUGAUAGUUGAAACGCAUAAAAAUAUUUCGAUAUCUCCUGAACAAACCCGUAAUCCUAUGAUUACGUCUCUUUUGAUAGAGUGGGCGUGUCGAUUGGGGGUGUCAGCGUGCAUUGAAGAUCAAAGACUUAUCUUCAACGCUAUAUUUGUAGAGAAAAAAACAUCACCCUUUGAUGUUCCGGAAAAUAAGCUUUCUUUCUCAAUAUGUACUGUUAUCAGAUACAGUGGGAUUGAGGAGUGGCAGCUGACUAGGCAAACGUAUUUGACAUCUGAGGAUAUAAAUCUUCGAAUAAUUCUUGUCAGAGCUUUAGGUUGUACUCGUGAAAUCAGUUUGAUUAAAAAAAAUCUUGAAUUACUUGACAAUCAUCAAUUUAAAAUGUACAAGCAUCACAUUCUUUCCUCCUUAAGUCAAAAUAAAAUAGCCCUCAAGUACACAUUAGAAUAUUUAUUGGAUGAAUGGAUUAAUCUCCGUAGUUACCUUACACUGAAAGAUAUUUCCGUACUGAUAAAUAAAAUUUCAACAGAAAAUGAGUUUACAAUGUAUGAGCAAAUAUUUUUCAAGUACUCUUACACAUUUCAAACUAUUGAUAAAGAAAUUUUGAAACGUAUGCGAGAUAUGAUAAUGAAGUUACUUGUAUGGAAAAAACAAAUCGCUCCAAAAGUAUAUUACAAACGAUUCAAAUUGUUUUAAAGUUUAUCAAAGUCCAUUAUGAAUAAAAUGAUUUAUUACUAAUUUUUA